AUGGAUGUCCAUAACACAUUUGACGAAUACCUAGAUCUACGUGAUCAACAAGACGAAGGACCUCAAGCAGAAGCAGCGACAACUACUACACAAGACAUGACUCAUUCUGACGACAAUCAAGCGUUGACUACUACUACCACCACCACCACCAGUGACGAACCCAUGUCGAAUGCGAUAGUGCCGGAGAGCCAUGCUUCUACGCUUACAACAGCAACACAUGGUGAUAAUCAUCCAACAAGCAACCAAGACGAAGCAGCAGCAGCAGCUGAAGCGGUAGCUUCUGCCACAGCCGCAGCCGCCGUCGCUGCCAUGACACAAUCACAAUCGUUUUAUUUACCAGAUUGGUCAGCUAUGCUUUCAGCCACUGGAAUGAAUACGGCAUCCUUGACUACCUUUUUGGAUCCUCAGCAUCUAAGUCAACAACAACAACAAGAUUCAUCGAAUGAUCCAGUCACCACCACCAGCAAUGCUGCCGCAGCAGCAACAUCAACGGAUGAAUCAUCGACUUUUAUUCCACCUCACAUGUUAAUGAAUCCACCCACAGCUAACCAGGGUCAGCUUGUUGAGAAUCAGGAUACUGCAGCAGCUACUGUACCAGAAAACAAGACCGAUGAGGAGGAGGAGAAGAAUGUGGAUAAUGGAAGAAUGAAGACAAGGUCAUCUACAAGAAGGGCUAGCAGUGCUGCGAAUACAGGAAAGAGGAAACCAGCGGAUGAGGAUACGGCCAGCAAAAAGAAGAUGAGAGGAAGGAAGCUUUAUUGCAUAUGUCAAAAGCCAUAUACCGGUGAUCCAAUGGUACAAUGUGAUAAGUGCUCUAAUUGGUUUCAUUGUGCAUGUGUCGAUUUGGAUCCUGAUGAAGCCGACGACAUUGAUACUUGGAUGUGUAAUGAAUGUACCCAAAAGUACGGUGGUGAUGAGAAAACAGAAAAAGGAGAAGACGUACCUACGACCAAGAAGGAACCCACCCCGGAAGCCGUACCCGAAUCGCCACCUGUAACCAAAAAGGCAUAUGGCACACGACAAGCCAAAUCGAGAACAUGUCUUCUACCAUCAUGCAAGAAUGUUACACGAGAGGAUUCCUAUUGUAGCGAUAAAUGUGCUGCUCAAGAUGCUCUUCGAAAAGCUGGUGAUUCAGAAUAUGUGCCCACUCGUCGUUCACUAUCACCAUCCCCUGAAAGACGUACCAAGCCAGCACCUGAAAAGAAAAAAGUUCAACAACAACAGCAGCAGCAGCAGCAAAGUCCACCCAAAGAGCAAACACCACCUGAAGAUGAUCCUAUUCGCAAGAAUGUAGUGAAGAACAUGACAACCAUCCUCAAAUCGAUCAUCACUUUUGCAUUGGAAAAGAACCCAAACCUCUUUGAAAAGGAAGCGGAUGCUACAGCAACUGUUGAGAAUGACAACAAUGUUGCCAUGGCAACACCUUCAGCGAAUGAGGAUAGCAACGCGGACCAGGCAGAGAAACGAGCAGCGACUAUUGCGCAGGAGGUUGAGGAUCAAAUGUUUGAGCAACUUGCAGAGCCCGGCAAGAAUAAUGAACGCCAUUGUGGUGGUCAAUACAAGAACAAGUUUAGAUCGUUGCUGCAUAAUCUCAAGGACAAGAGCAAUCAAGCUUUCCAAAUGCGUGUGAUUACAGGAGAAUUGUCACCCAAGGAUUUGGUUGCCAUGUCGGCCAAAGAUAUGGCGAAUCCAGAGCUCAAAUCCAUGUCAGAGUCAAUGAUUCAAGAGAGUAUCAAGAAUUCUGUAUUGAAGGUUUCCAAUAUGCCAUUCAUCAAAAAGACACACAAGGGUGAUAUUAUCAUGGUGGAUAAUACCAAGCGCGAUGAUCGGGAUGAAGAUGAGAGUUUACGCGUUUCUACCUAUCGAUCUCGCCAAGAUUCGGCUAGUGCGUUGGCAGAUGGUACUGAAAGUCGUCGUUCAAGCAUGAGCACCAAUACCACAGGAGCAGCUACAACACCUACAUCCUAUGUUCCAGAGACUCCCACAUCACGACAACACCAUUUUGAUCAUUUCUUCCCUGAGGUUAUGGAAGAGGACGAUGAUGAAAACAAUUCGGGAGAAGCUGCAUCAGCCAAGAAACGACGCAUUGAGGAAUUACUUGAGGAGGAGAAUUAUGUGCCUGAAUCAUUCAGUGACAAUGAAGAGGAUCGUGACGAGGGGGAGAAACAAAAAGAAGAACGAACAACAGCAACAAUGUCAUCCAACAAUAAGAGUGAACAACAACUACCAUCCAUUUGGCAAGGACGUGUCAACAUGCCUCAAGUGGCCGAAUUCAAUGCGUCAGCACGCCAAAUUGGUGGUCGUACAUUAUCCACUGAUGAAUGGAGCGAAGUCUUAUCACCUACCAUGUGGAUUGAAGGGCGGAUACCCGAGGAUCGUGUAGUGAAUUAUGUGACUCAGACUCAGUAUUCCACGAGCCGUGAGAUUGUGCUUUUGGAAAUUGAAGCAGCAAGUACGGAGGGUGAUCAGCAGCUCGACACGUUGUUGCGCUAUUUUGACAGCCGUAAGCGAUAUGGCGUAGUUGGCCAUAACAAGACCAAGAUCAAGGACUUUUAUCUCGUACCCCUUUUCAAGGUGCAGCAAUUGCCAGACUUUUUAUACGUUGUACGUAUCGAGGAAACCAAGCGUGUCGCCGACAUGUUUUUAGGUGUGCUUGUUCUUCAAAAGCAACGCGAUCCAGUACCACGUCAACCAGUACCAGCAGCUGCUGUACCUCAGGCACUACCACCAUCAUUAUCAUCUUUCCAACAACCACCUUUCCAUCAAGCAACCAUGCCUUAUCAACCUGAAGCACCAGCAUUAGGAACUAGGUUACCACAAGCACCACCACCUUUCCGCUCACCUUCGUCAACAAUGCCUCCUCCUUCUCAUUAUCGUCCUCCUCCUUACAACAAUAAUACAACACCACCACCACCACAUUCAUCUUCAUCACCACCCAAUCGGGUUCCACCCUAUCACUCUCAUCAACAACAACCCCAUUAUCGUCCUCAAAGAAGAUCACCACCACCAUCAAGGAUGCCUUCUUAUAAUCGUCCCCAUUAUCAUCGUCAAGGACAACAAGCAUCACCACAGCAACAACAACAACAGCAACCUCAUUAUCAUGCUGCUCAACGCCAUCCAUUCUACUGA